AUUGAACAUCAUGGAUGUGGCACCAAGUCAAGACAAGAAACUGAAGCAAAGAGGAAACUUUGAGAAAGAGAAUGCUUGGCUGCAGGAGUGGAUCCACGAAGAACUUGCUCAUGGUGAAGUCUGGCAGAACCAAUAUGAGGCACUCUUGGGACAUCAAGCCCAGCUCUGCUCCUUGCUGCAGGCCAAGAGUUUUGAACCCCUGGAGAAGAAGACCCGGGCACUGCAAGAGGAGCUGGAGGAAGCCCAGGACGCCCUGAGGGAGUUCCAGAAUCGAAGCCGUCAACGCCAACUGCGCAUCCACAAGCAACAGAAGGAAAAUCAGAGAAUGGCUGAGACUGUUAAAGAACUGGAAAAGAAGGUCUUCAAGCAACAGUUGGAGGAGAAGUCCAACAAGGAUAUCCUAAAGGAGCUGAGAACAGAAGGCAUUGAGCUGAAGAGGCACUUGUCUGAAUGGGAGGCCAAGUGGCAGGCAAAGAACGACAGGAUCAGACAGAGACAGCACCAGAUUGAGAAACUCAGCACCACCAUUCAAGGAUUGUCUCUGAAGAGCCAGGAGCUGCACAGAAACAUCGCCCUCUUGCAGGACAGUGUGAUGGAAGCUCAGCAGGAAAUGGCACUAUUCCAGAAAGAGCUACUUUCAGAACAAGUGGGGACCUCGAAUGGGGGCUUUCUUUUAGAGGAAAGAGCAUGUGACCAGAUGAAAAGGCUUCCAUGUUUGGAACUAAACAGAAUCAGUUUCAAAGAGCAGCUCCCUUCCUGGUCAUUCUCCUGCAUCUGUCCCCAGCGCCCAACUCUCCGGGAUGCAUGUAGCUUGCUGUGGGCAUUAGCCAAGGCCUUGCUCCUGAUCUUGCUGUUGGCUGUGGGCUUCCACUUCCUCCAAGGCUGGUUCUCCAGCCAGCCAUGUCUGCAGAUCUAUUCAGCUCCUUUGCUUUAUAUCCAACCCAAGAGGUUACUGCCCCCUUUAACUUCGUGAAGGCACCUAGGCUUCUGUGGUUGAAUGUCCUUU